GCGCACUUGGUGAUUGCGAGACCCUGACAUUGACAAUGUCACCGACAGGCGGAGACGCUGUCCCCGCUCGAUCAUCGCCCAUUCAGGGAUCUCCGCAGGGUACCCCCGAUCCUCGCCUAAGCGUCGAUCGAUCUCCAUGUGCAGCGCGGGGGUUGUUGGGUGUUUCACCGCACAACGGUGGUUCGGAGGUCCGUUUGGGGAAACGGCGCCGCGGUACCGUUUCGCAUGCGACUGACAGCGUCGUUGGCGCGGGCGUGACACCCAUUUCGCCUUUCGCCAGUGUGUUGGGGGCAUCUCCGCCGUGUGUGGCCGGGUUUCGUGACGCGGCCACAUUUGGAGAUGUGUACGGUGCUCCGUUGCUGCCAUCCCCACUGCUGCCUAGACGGCUGGACUAUGCGGCCACGAUUCCUUUAGCACCUGUAUGGUCACAUGCGGUGGCCCCGCCAUGUCCCGCCGGAGGCGGUUCUCUUCUAGGAGAUCGCAGCGACGCUUUGCGUUCUCCACCCAUUUCACGUCGACGAGUCGCCGACAUGGCGGCGGGUUCGUUUGCGGUGCCGCCUCAGGCUCCCUUUGUCGCUCCAGAUUCCACACCUCCAUUUGAUGAUGUGGAUAGCUCUGCGGCACUCGGCGGCACGCCGUGUUCGGGCGGCAACAACAUCGUGCGAGUGUGUGUGCGGGACGUGUGUCGGAGACGGUUGUACGCUCUCCGCGAGGCUAUGGCCGAUCUCGGCGACCAUCGCAGACCGGUCAGCGACGUUAUUGAUCGGUUGCUGCACUGGUCCUUGCCAGCCAUCCGAGCGGAGUUUGGAGACGAGGUGGGAGAUGUGAUUUCUUUUUUGUUGCCAUCUAGGGUGUGCGGUCGAGAUUUCACGUUGCGUUAUAUGCCAGGCGAUUCCGGUGUUGACUACGGUCAGGUGGGUUCACAGGGUUCAGCGAGCGGAGGGUUGGGGAUGUGCUCGGUGCACAAACUCACAUUCUACAAGUUUAUGCGCACAGAACCGGGGGGGGCGGAGGGGUGGAAUGCCAAGGUCGUAUGGCAGGGCAGAAAAUAUUGCGAGCUUGCCAUUGACACUGUGAUGCGCCGUGGUGAGUCAGUGACAUUGAUGGCUGAUGGUCGAUAUGACUCUGCCAGAGGCGCACAGCAUUGCACCGUCACCGCAAUGGAGUACGAGACUCGGCUUGUUGUAGGUAUUCACACUCUCCGUCUGAAGAUUGAAGGCAAGGCAUCGAAUGCGCUUGAGGUGCCAGCUGUCGUGCAACUUUUGCGAGGGCUGGUGGACAAGGGGUUGAAGAUCCGGUGCAUUAUCUCGGAUGAUUGUGCGGCGCUGGGACCAAAGUUGCGAGCUAUGAACAUCGAGUGGCAGAAGGAUUGCCACCGCAAAAUAAAAAACAUUCGAAAGCACUUCCAAAGUAUGCUGCAACUGAAGGAAGCAAAGAAAGUGAGCAGCCCGCACGACUGUGUAUCAGAGGCGCAACUCGUGCAGUUCACGAAGAAGCGGCUAAAGGAGGCAUUGGAGCAGCGUUUUGGACCUGACGUCCUCACACCUGCUGAGGAGCGGCUGAAGAAAUCGGACUUCGUCGCUGUCGUCAUGCGAAAGAUGUACCCCUACGGAUCGAGGUUGAAUGCUCGAGCGUUGGAGACUGAUCCAUACGGUUUGACAGAGUAUCAUGCGCAUGAGGUUGGGAUGUGGUUCCUCCGCGUUUGCCAGCUGUGCAGGGAGGAGGGCGGAGACGCCGACAGUCUACACCGCGACAUCAUGUUGGUCGCCGAUCAUUGGGCUGGUGAUCAUUCGGGAUGUGUGGACGGUAGGGAGGUUCUGUGCGAGAAGGCCGGUGGGCGUGCACGAUUGCCUUUGUAUAGCCGAACGGACACGGUCUACGAGCUCAAUCUGCGUGUUCUCGAUAAACAAUGCAGCACUAACAUCACGCCGUACUACGUCGAGUUUCGGCACACAUCGGCGGUGGAGACUUUUCAGGGCACCAUCAUUAUCUAUGCAAAGAAGUCGGUGCAUUUCGAGAAGUCUUUCUGUGCACGUUUGUCGAUCGCAGUGAUUCGGGGGAACAGUCACUGCUGGCACGACCCUGUCGGGUAUGUUGCUCGCAUUGCUGCGGGCACUUCCAUACGUGCGAGACCAGGCUUCCGUCGAYACUACGGUCACGAGGCGAUCGAAUGUUGGGAGGACAGAUUGGCGGCGUCAGUGUUCGGUUCGGCUCAUGUUUCAGACUGGGCUCGAGAGCUUCUGCGGCAGGAGGUUUGUCCUUAUGGAGCCGGGCCAUUGCCGCGUGAUUUGUUCGUCAACGGUGGGGGCGACCCAGUGGAGGUCGUUGAUGAUGCUACCUCAGAUUCUGGCCAUGAGGCGGUAGGGGAGAACCAUGUUUUCAUCAUCGGGCACGUGGAGGACGAUGCGGUGCCUACAUGCGAUGAUUGGGUCCAGACAUUGAGUUCCGAAUCUGAGGGUGACGAUAUAGAGUUGUUCAGCGUUUGACUGGUUGAAUGGUUUUAUCGUUAACCUGACAUCAGUUUGGUGAUCCGAAUUUCAUUGAGCAUGACGUUG